ACUUAUUCGAUAUUAAGGGCAGGUGAGGGUCAUUAGUCAUGACGGCAUAUGCCACCAGCAUACCUGCCAUAGAUCCCAGUUUAGGACAACUCGUUGAAUUACCAAUAGAUCAAGCUGGCGCAUACGUCAUCCAAGAUGCAAGUGGUGGUCAAAUCCAGUUAGGUAGUGUUCAGGGUGGAAAGAGUUUACUGAAACCCGAAUUAGCCCAACACUUAAGCCAACAUACUGGUUACAAGUCGAAUGUUGGCAGAGGAGGCUUCACUUUGAGUAGUAAUGAUGCUCGUUGGGUUUCCCUCAAUGCAAAUCGUAAUUCACGUAGCAUCACCAGCCGUAAACCUCUAAAUGCAAGUGCUCCUGCAGCUCAAUCAGCUGGACUGCAAUCUACUGUACUAGCACCUGCAGCUUCAGGAUUACUAUCUUUGGGUACUCGUUAUACUCCGUCUUCGGCUACUGUAUUUGGUACGACUGGAGGAGGUUCGAUAUCAGGUGUUAAUCAAGGUAUAACUGGUGCAGGGGCAGCUACAAUGAUACCUUCGGGCACACCAUCCAGUAAUAUUGUUUCAGGCGGUGUUGGUGCAAUAGGCAGCAUGGGUGUGGAUCGAGACUCUGGUUAUCGUUUAGCCGCCGCAAUAGCUGGUACUAGUGGUCGAGGCCGCCCUCGAGGUCGAAGGCCUUUGAGGGGUCAGUUUCCUGUUGUUCCAAUUGAUAUGGUUCGACAAUUGGGCAUUGAACAACAAGUCAUUUUACAACCAGCGGCCCCGGUUGCCAUGCGCAACAAAGCUGUGUUAUGUCGACCAUUGUCCAUGUGUCGUAAAACUCAAGCGAAUGCAACAACAUACGAGAAUUUAUCCCAACAUGGUGUUGCUGUGCAAACGGAUAAUUCUCCAACCGCAACAGAAUCAAGUAACAAAAAUGAUAAAACAUCUCUUGGAAUCGAAAUGCAAACCCAGACUGUUGACACAAAACCAGUUGAGAGUGAUGAUGAUGAUGACGACGACGAUGAUGAUAUGGUACCUGUAGGUGAAAUUGAAGAUGAUCAAAUAAUAAUGAAAUCUGACCAACCAAGUUUUAGUUGUGCUGAGACAUCCACUGCUGAUGACAUCGCUUUUGUCGAAUCUGGCACUCAAACAGAUUUAACCGAUGAAGAUGAAUUGAAAAAAAUGCCACUUGUACUACCCAUACCUAUCCCGGUUCCAAUCUAUGUACCUUUUCCAGUAUGUUUAUACGCAAGACCAGUGCCAUAUGCAAUCCCCUAUCCGUUACCAUGUCCAGUUCCAAUUCCACUUGUCUUCGAUGCUACUCCAGAAACUCCGCAUGUUGAAGACCAAGGACAACAAGUUGACUUAAGCACUGGUAGAGCACUCAUCGACUCUUCCGUUAAAUUCAAUGUACAUGAUUCAUCAGUAACGGUAGGAGAUAAUGAUAAUCAAGCCGAUACACAGGUUGGUGAUUUAGAACGUUCAACACAGUCGAUUGAUUAUCCAUGUACAUCAUCAAUGUCAAAUGACGAAGAAGGCGAUAUAGAGACAAUUGAAGAGCCUAGUGAUGCUCCUGGAAAAUCUCAGAAUGUAUCUAAUCUUAAACGUCCUGCUCCAGAAGAGUCAUCAUCUUCAGACUCGUGGGCUUCAGAGUCAACUGCCACACAACAAUCCAAUGAACAUAAUCCACCAUUUCACCAUCAUCAACCGAUGACAUCGGUUGUGAGUCAUUCCAGUAGUGGAAGAGAGAUAGAUCAAUCGCUGCCACCUCCACCCCCAACUAAACGGUCUCGUCAAACUCUCACACCCAUACUUACAUCUGAUGCUAAUUACCAUUUGAAAUUCUCUUAUGGGAUCAAUGCAUGGCGUCACUGGGUGCAGCAAAAAUCAACUUCUUCAUCUACAGACAAACCUAGAUCUAAUGCAGCUGCAAUGCAACAAUAUUCACACUUAUAUGCUGAUUUAUUAAACAUGAGUGAUGCCGAUCUUAAUAUCGCAUUAAGUCAGUUUGUUCGUGAAGUUCGCAAACCAAAUAAUGAAUGUUAUGUGGCUGAUUCAAUUUUCUAUUUGUGUCUAGGUAUUCAAGAGUAUCUCAACGAAAAUGGUCGUACUGUAAACUUAUUUGGCGAUCCUGCGUUCACUAGUCUAUCUAGAGCUUUGAAUGAAAUAUUAGCCAAUUUCCAACCACGUAUUAGUCCUGAAGGACUUCUUAUCUGUCGUAUCGAAGAAGAACAUUUAUGGGAAGCAAAACAAUUAGGUUCACAAUCAGCUGAGAUUUUAUUAUUCACUAUGCUUUAUUACAAUACCAAACAUAUUGGUUUACGACUUGGUACCGUUCAUCGACAAUUAUCAUUCUCACAAUUUCAAAUCUCUGAAACAGCUGUUCUUUGUCAUUUACCUGGUAAUAUGUUUGGUGAAUCAGAUGAUUCUAUCACUACAUUAAGUUUAGAUGCAAAUCCUCAAAAUCCACGACGAUGUCCUGUUAAACUUUACAAAGCAUACUUUGCCCGUUGGUAAGUUUCUAUAAAAAUAUAAAAUUAACAAUUUUAUCCCAAUACUCACCUGUCCACUGUAUUAUAGCAUAGAGUUCCUGUGUAAAUUCAGUGUGACCCUUUAAAAUAAUAAAUACAGUAGUUAAAACAGAAUAUUAAAAUUAUCACUGUUCGUAAAGUAUUGACAACAAAAUAAGAUGAGAUCAUGUUAUUACUCGGCUUGAAUUAUUGUUCAUUCAGUCAGAAACAUAACCUGAUUGCUAUAGAUAUCAAUUCCAUCUGAAGAUCAACAUUAUCUAAACAUCGUACAACCACUUCCUUUCCAAGCAGCUGUGGAAACAGCAGUGACAUCUAUUAGUGAUUCAAACCACAUGUUUACAAAGAACCAAUGGAUUUCUUCAAGGUCUAUUGCACUGAUGAAUUCUCGCAAACUCAUUCCAUCAGGUUCUGAACACGAUGGAGAGCGUAAACAAAUCAGAUCAUAUCAGCGUCAGACAAUGGUCUUUCUUGACUUAGAAGAAGCAUUUGACUCCGUAGACCGCGAGAUUCUGUGGCAGUUUUUGUCAUUCGAAGGUGUACCUCAGAAGUACAUAAACCUUGAAAAGUCUCUUUACUCGAACACUACAAGUCGAGGUAGAACUUAUGGCGAACUGUCAUCUGCUUUUGCAACUUCAAGUGGUGUCCGUCAUGGCUAUCCAAUCUCCCCAUUUUUGUUUGACUUCAUCAUAGACCUACUGAUAGAAAUAACAUUCUUGUCGACUUAAUUCUCGGGUAUUGAUCUCCUUCCAGGAGGUCCACUUAUCGACGUCACCUGUGGCGAAGUCGAGGUAUCUUUCUGUCAAUAGAAAGACGAGUAUAUCUCACGGUAGUUCGUUCUCUUCUACUUAACGGCUGUGUAACGUGGCCAUUAGGCGUAGAAGUUACUCGUAAGCUACUAGUAUUUGACCACAAAUGCCGUAGAAACAUUGCUCGCAUCUACUAGGAUCACCAGGUAAGUAAUAAUAAGGUUAGACGCAGGGUAUUAGGGAAUGAUGGUAAAUCAGUCGAUGAGGUUGUGAAUCUUCAUCGACUGAGAUGGUUGGGCAACGUGUUACGUAUGCUUGAACACCGAUUACCACGACGCGCAAUGCUGACUGAUGUUGGAGACGAUUGGACGAAAGUUAGGAGCGGCCAAACCAAAACGUGGCAUCAGUCCUUGAAGUCACUAACUUCUAGUCUGAGCCAUGUUGGUAGAUGCAGACUACUUAGUUGGAGUCUGUAUGACUAUCGUAUCCAAUGGUUGGAGACUCUUGGUGACAUGGCUCAGAAUCGAUCACAAUGGCGUCGGUGUAUACACACUCUCUGUCUUCCCUUAAACUAAGAGAUUAAAAUUGCUUUGUAUCUUUCUUCCUGUACUAUGUCUUUAUAUGCAAUCUUUCCUUUAUAUAUUACCACCGUUGACUUAAUCACUCCUAUGAAUCCGGUGUUCAUCUUGUUGUGCUAAUGCGGUACGGCAAUUAAAUCGAUGCGCAUAUGUGCCUGGUCCUACGUUGUAACCGACUGAAACCAUCUAAGUAUACUUCUUAGUUAUCAGUUUUGUCCAUUAACUUGAAACAUGAUUUUAUUUAGUUGCUUAGUUAGACAAAAUGACUCAUACAAUUUUUGGUGUAAAGCAACUAAGAAGUUAUCCCAUUUAGUAUUUAUGUUUUCCUCUAUUGCCACAAAUACUACUAAUAAUAGCAACCAUAAUUGUUGCAUGCGAUUCUCUAUUUCAUUUAUAUUCCAGUCCCCCAGAACUACUAGAUUCCGAUAGUGUGUUCUACUUGAAUCCAUUAUACCCUCCACAAUCUGAUUUGUGGUUUUCAACCAAUCCUGUUCGACCGACUGAAUUGCAAGUGAUACUUAAUAGAAUUAAAAUGGUGAAAGAAAUUCAAGAAGCAUUUAUGAAUAGUCAACCAGAUGGGGGCUUCUAAGCUCAUUUAUAUAUAACCGUAUUCUAUAUGUAUUUUGAUUAAAUUGUUUCUCUCAAACCAAUCUAUCAACGAUUCCCUCCUAUUCUCCCUUUUCAUAUGACUAUAAAAUAGUGAACAUAUAUGCACAUUUGUCUGUCUUUUUUUAAUCCUAUCGUUCUUUAUAUCAUUUUUUGCCUAACUUUUUCACCUGUAUAAACUGAUUGUGGAAAUAAAUUUUCUAUCAUGUGUUC